UUUCAUUCUGAAGUUUAAAAGUAAAGUCAACUUGUACCUUUAUCUGGCUUAAAGUGGUAGAUCCCUCCCACUAAUAUUAAUGCAAGAAAUUCAACUUUUAUUUUUACUAGGUAGUGAUGUAUAUUAACUUCUCUGAUGCUUUUUUUGUAACAGUAAACUUAAGAUUCUUACGCUUUGCAUAAAACUUCAUUACAAAUGAUUUUUGGAGAUUUUAAAUGUAGUUAUGAGUUUUGCUGUGGUAAGAACAUACAGUUAGAUAAAGCAGGAAAAUAUGUUAUAGCAUUAUUUCCAUUCAAAUGUGUGAUAUGUUUCUAAUUUUUCUUUAUAAAUAUUUCAUUAACAGAAAUAUUUGUUGUAUCUUAUUUUAAAACACUCAUGUGUAUAUUUUUAUUAUUUUUUUCCUUUUCUUUUCCUGUUUCUUCUCUUUCUUCUGCUUCAAGCAGAAUCUGUCAUGUGACACAGCUAUGCUUUCUACUCUUGCUACCAGUGUUAAUAAAAACAGGCACAAUAUUCUUCACAAAAAGAAUGCUUUACACAGGAACAAAAAGAAACCCAUAACAGUACUCAGAAUUAAAGAUGGGAAGGGAAUAGAUGUCAGUGACAAGUUAUGUCAUCAGCUACCUAGAAAUACUGUACAGUAUUAUGGUAAUGAAGAAAAACACAAAGCAGAAGUUAUUGUAGAUCCUGCUGAGCUAAAUAAGUCUGAGUCACGGCCAAACAAUAAAUCAAGUCCAUUUAGGUCAACAGAUGGUACCUUGGCAGAUUUUAACUCCAAUGUUGAAAAGGAACCAGAUCCUGAAAUUGAGAAUAUUAAUCAGGACUCUUGUGAAAAUAAUGAACAGGGUUAUAAAAACAAGGAAGAGAAUGAGCUAGGCAAGAAUGAGAAAGGAAAGGGACACGUAGCUGAAGAUGUGGGUCACAGCCAUCACAUGGAUCCGGAAGAAUCUGCCGGGGAGGACAGUAGCUGUGCCGCAGGGGCUGCUGCGGUGACUCAGUGCGCUGAGGAGGAUGCGCAGGCAAACUCUGAAACUGAUGCGCCAGCCCAGUCGAGAAACGAAGUGUCCCAGGUUUGAGUCUGUGGCAGUCUGCUAUUUCUCUGUUAGUUGAGUUCUCUUAUAGCAAGUAGUAUAUGUAUAUGAUGCAAAUAGAAACAAAUUGUGUAGGAUUUGUAAAAAAUACUAGUUUUUAAUAAACUUCUCUUUAAACCCUAACAUAUGACUAGUUCCUACAAAAAAUUAGUGGUUGUGCAUUUCCUAGUUCAUGUUAGUACUCACUGUUUUACCAUCGGUAUUCACAAUACUUUGCAGAGCAUUAUUCCUAUCUUAUGUAGAAAGCUUGGAGAAUAAGUAACAUCUCUGUGAAACAGAAACAGACUUACAGACAUAGAAAACAAACUUACAGUUAGCGAAGGGGAAAAGUGGGUGGGGGAGAGAUAAAUUAGGAAUUUGGGAUUAGCAGAUGCACACCACUAUAUAUAGAAUAGAUAAACAGCAAGGUCCUACUUACUGUAUAGCGCUGGGAACUAUAUUUAAUAUCCUGUAAUAAACCACAAUGGGAAAAAAACAUCUCUAGUGAUCAAGAAGAUGCAGAACCAAGACUUAAAUGCAGGUUUAAUUUUACAGUUCAUGAACUUUUUAUAUACACACUACUUUUGGUCAGUUUCCAUUGCAGUCCAAAAUAAGUUUGUUCCCAAUUGAAAUCAAAUAGCAUUCAUUCAUUUAUUCCUUCCUUUCCACCUCAGAUAUUCCAGUCACCUAAGUCCUCAUUAAAUCAGACACUUAAAUUAAGAGAAAAUGGAUGAAAGUGACUUAAUUCUUCUUCCAUUUUCUUAUCCAGGUUCAUAAUGCUUCUCUUCUUCACUUGAAAAGUAAUUGAGAAUUAGAGACGUCCACUGUGUAUUAUCUUUAUCUCCCACCCGCUAAGAUUUUGAUUUCUAGCAGUAUAUAUCUUUUAACAAGAUUCUUCCAUAAAACAAUUUGGAAGUCUCAAAAAAUUCAUUAUAUAAGAAUUCCAUUUAUUUUAUUUUCAUAGAGGAGUUUCAUGAGAAUUUAUUCUCCAAAAAUUUGGACAAUCUCAACUGAUACCUUUAGUUUUGUUUUCUGAGAGUUGGAAGGGAAAAAAAAUGAUCCACAUUCACUUACAUAAUAAUUGCAUCCAUAUUUUAGUGAGGAGGACUGUUGGAAAAAAUCCUCAUGUGAGAUCACCAGAUAGAAUUAUUCUCCUCUGUGAGCGGAAUUUAAUCUCUUUUAUAUCUGUCAAUCAGGGGAACUGAUUUGUUAAGUAGCUAUCAUAGGCUGAAGAGAGAAGUAAGAAAGGCAGAAGAGCUCAGGGACAGAGAACUACAGAUUUCCAUGUCUGAAGAGACAUUAAGAAUUACCCUAGCUAGUGCCUUCAUCUGUAAGACGCAAGAACCCUGCAGGUGGUGUAAUUUGCCUAGUGUUAACCUAACAGUAGCAAAACCAGAAUGUAUGCUUGGGUUAUCUGACAGAAAAUAAGUAGGGGCAUAUUCCUACUGACGUCAUCAGAUUUAUCUGUGUUAUUUUUCUUGCCACUGUGUAUGUAUGUUCACAUGCACACACACACCCUCCAACAAAUGGAAAUAAGGUGGGCACAUGCAGUGUUUCUGCCAGUGUUGUGCUACAUGCCCUCAGGUCAGAAUCAAAGCUUAGCCUAGAAUUUCUUUGCUUUUCUGUAUCCUAUUUUCUCAUUUUUUAACUUUUACUGCAUUUUACCUAAGAAAACGUUUUUGUUUUUGUUUUUUUUAACCUAAGGGUGAAUAUAUCAGAAUGUAAAAUAUUUAACCUACUGCUAAUUGAAAAGAUGUUAUUGAGCCAUGUGUAAUAAAUAUAUAUAAUAUUGUACUUUAAUAAUAAUCUAUAAUAUGUAAUAUAUUAAUAUGAUAACAAUCAUAAUAGCGUCUGUGGAGUUAUUGAUAGUUCAUCAAGCCAGUAGAGAGAGAAGGGGAUGGUGGGAAAAAAAACAGCUGUUCUGAGUGCUUUCACGAAAUUAUUUCAUAUGAUGUUCAUUAACAGUCUUUUGAGGUAAGUGGUAUUCUAUCCACUUUAUGGAAAAAGGGAAUCAAGCACAGGUUUCUCUUUCAAAUAAUCUAUAGUUUAGAGUGAGAAAUAAAAAAUGAACAUAAAUAAUAACCCAAGGUGGAUUCAUGCCGAGAGAAAUGCAAAGUGUUACUGGAUUUCAGAGGAAGGAGUGAUUACUUUAGCUCAAGGAGAAAGGAAAAGCUUUCUACAGGAGGAAGGAACUGAGGCACUUUUUUGUAGGCUUGUGUCUUCAUUUGCUAGGCUCACCAUAACAAAACACCACAGAGUUGAUGGCUUAAACAACAGAAAUUUAUGCUCAGUUCUGGAAGCCAGAAAUCCCAAAUCAGCAGGGUGGUAUUCCUCUUUAGGCUGUGAGGGAAGGAUCUGUUCCAGGCCUCUCUCCUUGCCUUGUGGAUGACUAGCUUCUCCCUGUCUCUUCACAUUGUCUCCGUUCUGUGUAUGUCUGUGUGUCCAAAUUUCCCUUUGGUACAAGAACAUCAAACAUUGUUUGAUUAAGGCACAUUCUAAUGAGCUGAUUUUAACCUGAUAUCUCUGUAAAGACCCUAUCUAUCUCCAAAUAAGAUCAUUCUGAAGUACUGGGGGUUAGAUUUUCAACAUAUGAAUUUGGGGGGUUGGGUGGGGGGCAGGGUGUUAAUACAAUCUAUCACAGGUAGAUAACAGUCUCAUUUUAUUUUUGGACUAGAAAACUACCACAGAUUAGUCACUAUGAGAGUAUAUAUGGAGGCUUUAUAUGUGUGGACAAUAUUAAAUCAUACGUGACUUUCUGUAUUAAUCCAAACAAAACUACCCUUUUCUCCUGUGAGUUUGUUUGUGGUUAUUUUCUUUAGAGCUCUCCAAUUUUCUCAUUUCUUUGAGGAAAAAUGUUCCCUUUUAGCAUGGUGUUUUCUUACCCAGUGUGUCUUACACAGCUUUUAUUUGUUAAACCUUAAAAAUAUUCCUAACUUCAUU